AGAAGAAAAUUCUUAUAAAAAUAAAUUUUAAAUAAUAAUAAAAAGUAUAUUAAAAAAGAAAAUUCUUUGCAAAUUUUAAGGUGAAAAUAUGAUAUUUUCAACAUAUAAAAGGCCUGUCGGGGAGUCGGAGGCAGAGAAGGUGAGCUAGGACCUCGGUGGGGCUCCAGUGGGUGUCCACUCGCCACCAAAAAAGAGCUGAUAGUGGACUCAGAAGAGCUGAGCAGUCAGAAAAUGAAAAACCGUAAGUCGUCGGGGCUACAGAAAUCAGAGGAGAGAGGGUUACAAAGACAAGACAUGAGGAUCCUCCUCUAGGAUGAUUGAGAAGGAAGUUUGAGAAAAGAGCAGUAGCACCAACCGCUAGGCAGGAACAAACAACCUUAUCCUGGUUUUGUAUGAUUCAGAGAGGAGGUGAGGCUGGACCAUGGCAGCUAUUGCUGUAGAUGAGGAAGAGGAAGACGAGAAAGAAAUGACAGCACCGAGCCCAGUGAUUCAGGGAGUUUAGGCGUGAAAGGACAGGGAAAAGUAGAGGCUUGACAGGUCACAGACUUUGGUAGGAGAAGAGGAAUCUGGUGUUUGGUUGAUCAGCUGCACUGCAUAGUGGACAUAUUCUUCCAUUUAUGACUCAAAACAAUCUUAAGGGACUAUCUUUAUUAGCCUCCUUUUAAAGGUGAGGCAGCUACACCUCAGAGAGUAAGGGAUGAACAGCUAGAAAGUAGGAGGGUUGGGGGAGUCAAGUUUAGUGCAAAUUCUACACCAGCCUGGUUCAAGUGUACGAUCGACAGAGGAAGAGAAAUGAACAGAAGAGACUGAAGUCGUUGGAGGGAGAUGGGCUGAGAUUAAGAAUCAAGGUGUCUCCAGAGAAAAGACAUGCAUCUUCCCUCCCCGACAUCCUCUAGCAGCAAACCCUUCACAGAAGCCGAGUUGACAUUUGGACUGUCUGCCUGAACCAGAUGUUCUGAGAGUGUGCACAUAAAAGGUGAAGAACUCUUUUGAUCAGCAUGGAGAAAAAGCUUGUGUCCUUAUCGCCACCCAUCUCCCUGUCAGACGUGGAACCCAAUGGCACCUCCAGCAAUCACCAUAGUAACAGGAACUGCACAAUUGAAAACUUCAAGAGAGAAUUUUACCCCAUUGUAUAUUUGAUAAUAUUUAUCUGGGGAGCCUUGGGAAAUGGCUUUUCCAUAUAUGUUUUCCUGCAGCCUUAUAAGAAGCCCACAUCUGUGAAUGUUUUCAUGCUUAAUCUGGCCAUCUCAGAUCUCUUGUUCACAAGCACUCUGCCCUUCAGGGUUGACUAUUACCUCAGAGGCUCCAACUGGAUAUUUGGGGACCUGACCUGCAGGAUUAUGUCUUAUUCUAUUUACGUCAACAUGUACAGCAGCAUUUAUUUCCUGACUGUGUUGAGUGUUGUGCGUUUCCUGGCAACUGUUCACCCCUUCCGGCUCCUUCAUGCCACCAGCAUCAGGAGUGCCUGGAUUCUGUGUGGGGUCAUUUGGCUCUUUAUCAUGGCUAUCUCCACCAUACUCCUGAACAAUGGCUCUGAGCUGAAAGGCAACGUCACAUCGUGCUUAGAGCUGAAUUCUAACAAGGUUAUGAAACUGAAGACCAUGAACUACAUUGCCCUGGUGGUGGGCUUUCUGCUGCCGCUCUGCAUCCUCAGCAUCUGUUACCUGCUGAUCAUUCGAACUUUGUUAAAGGUGGAGGUCCCAGAAUCGGGGCUGCGGCUUUCUCACAGGAAGGCACUGACUACCAUCAUCAUUGCCUUGAUCAUCUUCCUCCUGUGUUUCUUGCCCUAUCACAUACUGAGAACCCUCCACUUGAUCAUGUGGAAAGCGGGUAAAUGCAAAGACAAGCUACAUAAAGCCGUGGUCAUCUCAUUAGCUUUGGCAGCGGCCAACAGCUGCUUCAACCCUUUGCUGUAUUACUUUGCUGGGGAGAAUUUUAAGGACAGACUAAAGUCUGCACUCAGGAAAGGUCAUCUACAGAAAAAAAAGUGCAGCUUUCCUGUAUGUACGCAGUUGAAAAAGGAAACAAGAGUGUAAGGGAUUAUCAGGUGAGGCUGUUCCUAUGUCCUUGUGUCCACCUUCAUUCACGUGUCGUCUCCAAAUGACCAUCUAUUUACACCAACCCCAACCCGGGGGGGGGGGUCCCAAGAUUGAUUUGACCAUGACUUUUGUUAAUAAGAUAUACUUCAAAAUUUUCAUCAGUUGUAUCUUCAGUGAUUGAGUCUAAAGGAGUACAGCAGGAAAAAUCCCUAAUGGGAUCUUGCAACCUAAAAUAUCAGGCCGGGAAACAAUGCUGAGCCCAGUGGAUGCUGCUUCUCAUCAGAUUCUGUACCAGGUCUCUGGCCCACUAGGCAUUCUACAGUCUUAAUUUUAAGAUGACCCCAACGUUUCCAGCUUCUCCAGCUCCUCUUCACUCUUCAAUCCCCUGAGAUGUAGCCAAUUAACAAAGCUACUGGAGACCCCAGAGGAGCUGGAAAAAGUAUCCUUAGAAUUUCGUGGAGAGACAUCGACUGUGAAAAGGAAGGCUGCCCACUAACCAAGCAGAGUCAAGGUCCCAAACAAGAGCAGUGGGAGAAAGGUAGGAAGAACGACUGGGGCAAGGAGAGCUGGUGAGAAGUAGGGGGAAGGGAAUUUCGUUCUACCCUGGGAGUCUGUAGCACACUGAUGGCAAAACGGUUCCCUUUGCUUCUCUCUUGCCAGGGAGUUAGGAAAGACAGGAAGAGUAGGAGGAGGACCUGGGGCACUGUCUUAGUGGGUGGAGGGAUUAUGUGUAGAACAGGGGAGAAGGAGGGAUCAAUUUUCCUUUUGAGAUCUGGGUUCAGGCUAACUUCGCUGCAAUUGUUAGUCCUACAGGUAAGUCCAUUUGGUUGGGAGCCAGAAAAGAGGAGGUGACAGUAAGGGCGUGGUUGGGCACUGAGAGAAAGGGUGGGGUGGAAGGCAAGUUGCAAAGAUUGUGGUACCCCGAAAAUUCUAGAAACAUUUUGGCAGAACACAAGUAGGGUGGCUUUCUUUUGAGAGAGUGUAGAAAACCCUGGAUUGUGGGAGUGGAGUUCUUUCUGUCCACUGAAACAGGUUAAGGAGACUGCCAACUACGGCUGCCACGACCACUGUACUGCCAGCAACUGAGUGCCCUCUCCACGCUGGGCAGACUCUCUCCAUCCUGGGCAGACUCUGCAAGGCACUUCCUAUUUAUUAAUCCCACUUAACCUUCACCCCAAAGCCCUUUGUUUUUAUUUUACAGAUUAAGAAACCAAAGCCCAGAGAAAUUAAGAAACUUGUUCAAGUUCACAUUGCUCUGUAAGAGUUUUAAAAACCUCUGUGCAGAGGGGUUGGCUGGGUGUUUCCCCCACUGUUCUCCCUGCAAACCUCCAGGAAGAUUGGUUGAAAGUCUGAGUAAGAGUUUUCUCUCUUACCAGGCACCUAAUGUCUCCUCACUCUCAUAAGAAGACUGAAGGCUGAGGUUUUCUCUUUGUAGUUGUUGACUCCAAGAUAGAGUGAAGGGUAGGAGGGAGGUGGUGUUCUGAAGCUAGGAAGGGACUAAGUCAAAGUCUUUAUACUAAACAAGAGCCCCAGAGCCCUGCCCUCACUCAGCUGCCACAAUGCUGGCAGACUCAUACCUCGUCGGGACAGGAGCCUGGCCUGGAGGACCCUGCCAUGGGGGAAGCUGCCCAACUCAAGGAAAAAGACCAACAGAUGCAGACUGUUGGGGAUUCCUGGUGCCGGCCCUAUUAAUUGCACAGCACGGAAGCCCACACCGUACCUAAUCCCUUCUACCCACAGAGAGCAUCUACUCAACCUGUCAGAGCCUCACUCUUGUUAUGAGCGGUCAUUGACUCCUACACACUGGAGGAAAGGGCCCAAACACGAAAAACCAACAACAAAUGAGAGGGUGGAUAGAGACAUUUUCAGUACGAAAGGUCUCAACAUUUUCAUCACCCUUGCACAGAAUUUGCUUCUCCAAAAUGAGAGAGUAAACCAAGAUAGAGGAAAACAUGACAUCUAGUAAAAAAGGCAUCCAACACAGGAGGAAGAUGAAGAGAAUUCCCAGGACACUGGUAUAUAGCAGAAAAACAGGAAACUAAAUUGAUUUGCACACCUCGGCGGGAUUUAUAUUUUUCUCAGGUAGUUUAGGAUGAACUAGUAAAAAUACACAGGAAAAUAAGCAUGUGAAAAGAUUAAACACAAUUAUUAAAUGCUAGGGGAAAAGAAACUGUUGUUUAAACAAAGGAAAUAUGACCAUAGUACACUACAUGGCUUAGCUGUGGACAGUAUUUACAUAGAGAAUGAUGUAAAUAGCAAAAUACUGUGAUGUAACUUUUUUUCAGAAAAUGAGGCGAGUAGAUACGUAUUUGGGGGGAGGGGUAUAUAUUUUAUCACGGAAAAUACAUAAUAACUAAAGUUAAAGAAUGAUGGGCUCUCCCCUUGAGAGCCUACUAUCUAUAGCUUAAUAAAUCCUCACUUUGCUUUUUUGAAAAAGAAAGAAUGGUAAGUAUCUGUAUAAAAAUGUUAUUUAGCAAUAGAAGCUAAAGCUCAGAAGACAUAGUGAAAAGGACUGGCAGGGAUGGCCAUUGGGUGUGGGAGGAUGGGGGAGGAUUUCUCUUUUCUUUUCAAUAACUACUUAACUAUCUAACAUGUGACUAUGUAUUGCUGAAUAAAAUUAAUACUAAGCUGAAAUAAAAUUUUAAAACUCAAAUUAAUUCUGGUUUAAAAAAAAAAGAUGAGGAAGACAAGGCCACCAGAAAUGAAAACUGCACAUUGAGAGAAGAAAGGAGAGCAGGAAAGGACUACAUUUGGAUUUGGGACCCUGAGGGAAGCCCACCCAGCCCUGCC